GUAAGCGCUCGCAAUCUCCCUCUGGCUUCCAGAGCGAGCGGCUGGACCCGAGUUUACGCCCGAGACCAGAGGAGAAGGACGCACACCUUUUUCCCCCGACACAGGGCCCGCGGAGCUACACCACCGGCACCAUGACGGACCGCUUCGACUGCUUCUACUGCCGCGACUCGCUGCACGGGAAGAAGUACGUGAAGAAGGAAGACAAGCACUGCUGCGUGCGCUGCUUCGACAAGCUGUGCGCCAACACCUGCGCCGAGUGCCGCCGCCCCAUCGGCGCCGACUCCAAGGAGCUGCACCACAAGAACCGCUACUGGCACGACGACUGCUUCCGCUGCGCCAAGUGCUACAAGCCGCUGGCCAGCGAGCCCUUCAGCACCAAGGAUGACAAGAUCCUGUGCGGAAAGUGCAGCUCCCGGGAGGACUCCCCCCGCUGCCACGGCUGCUACAAGCACGUCCUGCCAGGCUCUCAGAACGUGGAGUACAAGCACAACGUCUGGCACGAGGACUGCUUCACCUGCUUCCAGUGCAAGCAGCCCAUCCGCUCGCAGAGCUUCCUGACCAAGGGAGACGACAUUUACUGCUCCCCCUGCCACGAGAAGAAGUUCGCCAAGCACUGUGUCCACUGCAAGCAGGCCAUCACCACCGGGGGCAUCAGCUACCAGGACCAGCCCUGGCACGCCGAGUGCUUCGUGUGUCUGACCUGCAAGAAGCCCCUGGCCGGCCAGCGCUUCACCUCCCACGAGGACCAGGUGUACUGCGUGGACUGCUACAAGACCUCCGUGGCCAAGAAGUGCUCCGGCUGCCAGAACCCCAUCACUGGGUUCGGCCGAGGGACCAACGUGGUCACCUACGAGGGCAGCUCCUGGCACGACUACUGCUUCAACUGCAAGAAGUGCUCCCUCUCGCUGGCCAACAAGCGCUUCGUCAUUCACAGCGACAACAUCUACUGCCCCGACUGCGCCAAGAAACUGUGAGGGCACCUCCACUCCCCGGAGGCUGGCGGACACGGGCUGAGGGCCCCCUUCUCUACACAAGUACCACAGUGGGUCCCGACUGCUGAGCUGUAGCUGGAGAGGCGAGAGCACAGAGCACCUCUGUGAAAACACAACAGAAAUAAGCAGGUUUCUACUGGACGAUCAGUUACAUCAGAUUUUAAAAGCCAAGAGUUUAUAAAUGUUACACGCUGUUGUGACCUCGUCUUUACUCCAGCUACAGGCUGAGCCGGUGAACCACUGUGCUGCUGUUAAAGUCAUCACCUUUUCUCCAAAUCAACAUUAAUCUAUAGAAUGUACUACUAAUCUUACGAUUUGCUUUUGUAAGCAUGCAAAAUACUCAUUUUACUCUUUAUUAAUCUUCUCUAAGAGUUGGGGUGUGUAACUUUUUAGUCUUUGCUUGUCCUUCUAUAAAAAUAAUGGGAGGUGUUGAGCCAUCACACACCCAUGCCUCGCAAGAAGCAUUUUCAUGAUUGCUGAGACUAACUAGAAAACUGCUUUUGCUUAACACUUGUAUAGACGUGGUAUGUACUAAAACUGUAUUCACAAGCUCUAAUGGUAAUCGUCAAAACAAAUUGCUGGUUUUGUUUAGCACUGGAUUUGUCUAGCUUGGCAAGGCUGUCCUCUGCCUUCGUCAGAUACCUUGUAACAUCUAGGAAAGCGUUUAGUGUAACAAAAAGACACUAAAUCAUUUUGCUUGAUGUGGGCAGAUGUAAUAGACAUUUGGAGAUCUGGACAGAAAUGAGAGCCGUUCUUCAAGUGUCACGUAAGCAGCUGGUCUUCCUCAUCAGUAUUUAUGACCGUGCAAUUGCCUGUGUGGUAGAUUAUAAAUCAAAUGCUAAUUGGAAGCAAAUGUAUGCAAGGGCUAGGUUGCAUCCAACUGUACGCUAAAAUAUCCAAUCGUUUCUGAAUGCAAAAAGCAUCCUUCCUCAGCAGAUGAGUUUGAUAAUAGUAUCCAAGUUGUGAGAACUAUAUACUUUUAUAACUGCUUUUCUGAAGGUUAUUAUCACAGGCUUUAUGCAUUUCCUGUUACUGUUUAACAAUAUUUCUGAUCAAGUGACAAAAAUGGAACUACAAGAGCUCUGCAGCAGUGAAAUGUCAGGUGUGGGUUGGAAAAAUGCAUCUCUGUAAUCCAAGAAUAAACAACAGGGAUGAUCAAUA